CAGUUAAUCCGUUUUGAUGCAAAAUGUCUCUGAACUCAACACAACUAACAUGGUGACACAUACGAUCUGAAACUCACCUUGUGUUACUACUGGCCUGUUGUUGUAUUUGUUUUUCUGUAACACGGAGGAACAUGGAUCCUUCCCGGAGGAGCGAGAGUGACUGGCAGGGGCUGGUCAGUGAGUUUCUAAUUUGCAAGCGGAAGCUGGAGAGCAAGAAGGAAGCUCUUCUGAUUCUGUCUAAGGAGCUGGACACCUGCCAGCAGGAGAGGGAUCAGUACAAGCUGAUGGCCAACCAGCUCCGCGAGCGGCACCAAGGCCUCAAGAAGAAGUACAGAGAACUCAUUGAUGGAGAUCUCUCUCUGCCUCCGGAGAAGAGAAAUCAAGUGAAUUUAGCCCAGCUAUUGAGAGACUCCAGAGAAAAAAGUAAUCAACUUUCUGAGGAGGUGAAGGAGCUGAAACAACGGCUGGUGGAAGCUCAGGGUGAUAACAAGCUCCUACGAAUGACCAUCACCAAACAGAGGCUGGGAGACGAGGAGGUCGGCGCUCGACACUUUCCCGCACAUGAGCGAGAAGAUCUGGUCAAACAGUUAGAAAGAGCCAGAGAACAGAACGAGGUGCUGGAGCACAGCGUGAAGUCGCUCACAGACGAGCUUCAGGAUGUCCGAGCGGAGCGAGACGUGUUUCAGCAGAAGGCUCAUCGUCUCAACGUGGAAAUGAACCACAUCGUGGGCAACGAUGAGAUUCGAAUCCUAGACAUAGAUGCACUCUGCAUGGAGAACAGGUAUUUGCACGAGCGCCUCAGUCAACUUCAGGAGGAGGUCAACUUGCUCAAAACAAAUCUGGUGAAGUACAAGAGCGCCCUGGAGUGUAGGAAAAACUCUAAAAUCUGUGGCAAAGCCAACAGCAGUGCUCUCACAGGGGUGCUCUCUGCCAAACAAGUGAAGGAAUUGUUGCUCUCUGAGGAAAACGGCUGCAGUUUGCCGGUGACUCCUCAGUCCAUCUCAGACCUCAAGUCUCUGGCCACAGCUCUGCUGGAAACCAUCCACGAGAAGAACAUGGUGAUUCAGCACCAACGACAGAUCAACAAGAUUCUGGGAAAUCGAGUAGCAGAGCUGGAGAAGAAACUAAAAACACUAGAGAUAUCUGGAUUAUGGAGCCUGCCAGGAGGAAAAGACACUAUCAUCCUGAGCACUCAGCAGGCUGAGUCACCAGAGUCUCCUGGACAGGAAGCUGACAAGGGGCCUGCAGAUAUACCUGCUGAGCAGCAGAGCUCCCCCGAGGUUCAAAACCAAGACGGUGACACACAAGUUGCAUCAGCUUUUCAGGAAGAGACUCCACCACCAUCCAGCGUGGAGAAGCCCCAGCAGAACCCUUCACACCAUGAAGGGCCUCACACAGAAAUACCAAACAACCACAUAGAGACCACAGUGGAUUUAACUGCUUUAACACUAGAAGAGGAGUGUCUGAGUGAUUCCCCUCCCACGGUGACAGAUGUGAACACACCCCGUCCUUCAGACCCUCACCACUUACCGCUAACUUUAGACAGCUCAGACACUACAGGAGGAAGAGGGGAUGAGUCAGAUGAAUACACUGAAGUGGUUGAAACUGUCGAAACUGAGUGUAUUAUCACAGAGGAAAACAGUCGUGCUGCUACGCCCGACGCUGUCUCUGAUGCGGCUGCUGAAGAGCAGCAGGACGACGACGCCGCCCGGCCCAACCAGGAGACAGAGCUUUCAGAGGAGACAGAUGUUUGUGUUUGUCAGGAAAUCUGA